ACAGCUGUACUCAUUGAUGUCAGAGUUUUAUACAUACAUCAAUUGGGAGGCUACUACAGUUGGCUACCAGAUUCAUAUUACAUUUAAGUGCAGUUCACCUGCAAUACGUUUUGACGUGAAAUGAGUGUUGCAUAUUAGAAACGUUCGGCAGCCACGCAGAGUAGGCUAGUACAAAAAAUAAAAGUGUGCAGCAGGCAUUGACACGCAUGUUUUCUCACACAAUGAACACGUUUACUUUUGCCAGGUAACGGCUCAAUAAGAAAUGGGGAGGAGAACAGUGUGAUUGAUAGGCGUACAUAGGAACUUCGUAUCGAAAUGAUUUCCUCGGUUAAGUAGAGUUAAUACCGUGUUCCACGGGUACAGGAGGCGCCGCUACUCAGCCCACUAGCUUCAGUUAAUCGCCUCUGAAUGAAAUCUCACCCUCUCGACGUAUCUCGAGUGCGACCGGACAGCCGGAGGAAGUCACACAGCUAGCCCGCUAGCUAGCCAGAUUAAUGGGAACUCCCACCUCGUGACAGCUCUUCUUGUUUUAUAUAAAACUGCAUGUAUAUUAUUUUUUCCAUAAACAUAAGGGCUUAAACGGAGAAAUGUCUGCGCCGGGAUUCACAAAUCUGAACGCAUCCACCGGCUACGGUAUGAACGCAACGCCGAACGGAGGAACUGCUCCCCCCUGCCAGAACGGGCCAGGACAGACAUACCAGUCCUUGUAUCCCACGACGGGUUACUAUGGCACCCCCCACCAGGACUACGCCUCUUACCAGGGUCACAGUGCCCCAGUCCCAAGCAAGACCCCUGUGGUGAACAACCAGUACAACCCCAGCUACUACCAUAACAUGCAGCAGCAGCAGCAGCAGCCUGUUUCCAAGCAAGGCCCCACCCCCUCUCCCUAUGAUGGGUCCCAGGCUCCUCCCCCUGCCCAGCCCUAUGGCACGGCCCCCCAGCACCAGCCCUCAUUCCAGCAGUCGGCCCCGUACGCUCCCGUCUAUUAUGGACAGUACUCGACCUCUCAGGGACCCUCCCAUCAGCCUGUCGGCGUGACAACUGCGACCAGCGCCGUCGGCAACCCCCUCUACCCAAUCGUCUCCUACCCCUCGGCUCCAGGGAGUAGCCAGUAUGGCACGUUGCGCUCCUCCCAGACCCUGGGGCCAGGACACGAUCCCAAUGUCAUGACAACCCCCGCAUUGGCCCCUGUCCAGCAGGUUUCCCAUGGCAACAGUGCACCCCCGGGCUACGGAGUGGCCCAGCCCCCUCCCCCGCCAGCUGCUGUCAAUGGGCAGAUGAACACAGUCUCACCGCCGGUUCUACAGCACUACGACCAAAGCUCCGCCCCUCACGUGACCCACUCAUAUGGGGCAGUCCAGCAGGAUGCCAGCGGCCUCGCCCGAGACAGACCCCCCUCUGGGACCCCCUCUGCUUCUGUCCAUUCCUCACCCCGUCACCAUCAAGGCAUGCACUGCGGAUAUGUUGCUAAUAGCGGAGUUAGCUCUGCAGCGUCUGCAGCAGCCGCCCCCUCGUCAUCGAGCUCCGAUGAUGAGGACGAGGAGGAGGAGGAGGAUGAGGAAGCAGGUGCCGACAGCUCCUCCUCCACCAGCAGCGCGUCCCCAGUACCCAACAGCUAUGAGUCACUAGAGGGUGGCAGUUACCCAGACUCCUCAGCUCCACCCACAUCCGACGCAUCUAAAGCUGCCACGCCCUUUGGAUUUGGAUAUCCCAGCAUGCCUCCAGGCUAUCAGCAGGGACCAGCCUCCAGAACAGACUCCUCCCCCUCCCAUGGUGGGUACAACCCACCUGGAUACCAGCCCUAUUCACAGCCCUUUCCCACCAUGUCCCAGCUGUCUGCUGCUCUGGGGGGCAUGAGUGGGGUUCCGGAGCUUCAGGUGGAGGCACUGCGGCCUGUGAACCUCCUGCAGGAGAGGAACAUCCUGCCCCCGGAGCCCGUACAGCCCCCAGAGCCCAACCUCAGCGCCGAGCUGAGAAAGGCCAACUGCAGCGCCAGCACAUUCCGAUGCACCCUGACCAACAUCCCUCAAACCCAGGCCCUGCUCAACAAAGCCAAACUGCCCCUGGGCCUGCUACUACACCCCUUCAGGGACCUUACCCAGCUGCCCGUCAUCACGUCCAACACCAUCGUACGCUGCCGGUCCUGUCGGACCUACAUCAACCCGUUCGUGUCCUUCCUGGACCAGAGGAGAUGGAAAUGCAACCUGUGUUACCGAGUCAACGACGUGCCCGAUGAGUUCAUGUACAACCCCGUGACCCGAUCGUACGGGGAGCCACACAAGCGGCCGGAGGUGCAGAACUCCACCGUGGAGUUCAUCGCAUCCUCAGACUACAUGCUGCGGCCUCCUCAGCCCGCCGUCUAUCUGUUUGUGCUGGACGUAUCCCACAAUGCCGUGGAGGCGGGCUACCUGAAGGUCUUCUGCCAAUCCCUGCUGGAGAACCUGGACAAGUUGCCGGGGGAUACGCGCACCCGAGUGGGGUUUGUAACGUUCGACAGCACCAUCCACUUCUACAACCUGCAGGAGGGCCUGUCGCAGCCUCAGAUGCUGGUGGUGUCUGACAUUGACGACGUCUUCAUCCCCACCCCUGACACUCUGCUGGUGAACCUGAAGGAGAGUAAAGAGCUGGUGAAGGACCUGCUGAACGCCCUGCCCGCCAUGUUCAGCCACACCCGCGAGACGCACAGCGCCCUGGGCCCCGCCCUGCAGGCCGCCUACAAGCUCAUGUCCCCCACCGGCGGGCGCGUCUCCGUCUUCCAGACCCAGCUGCCCACCCUGGGGGCGGGGCUCCUGCAGUCCCGGGAGGACCCCAACCAAAGAUCCAGCACCAAGGGGGUGCAGCACUUGGGGCCGGCGACGGACUUCUAUAAGAAGCUGGCGCUGGACUGCUCCGGCCAGCAGAUCGCUGUGGACCUGUUCCUGCUCAGCUCCCAGUACUCAGACCUGGCCUCGCUAGGCUGUAUGUCCAAAUACUCGGCCGGAAGCAUCUUCUACUUCCCUGGGUUCCACCACGCCCACAACCAGCCCCAGGUGGUGAAGUUCCAGAAGGAUCUCCAGCGAUACCUGACCAGGAAGAUCGGCUUCGAGGCGGUGAUGAGGAUACGCUGCACUAAAGGGCUCUCCAUCCACACCUUUCACGGGAACUUCUUUGUGCGCUCCACGGACCUGCUGUCGCUGGCCAACGUGAACCCGGACUCGGGCUUCGCCGUGCAGAUGUCCAUCGAGGAGAACCUGGCGGAGACCUCGCUGGUCUGCUUCCAGGCCGCGCUGCUCUACACCUCCAGCAAAGGGAAAAGGAGGAUCAGGGUUCACACCCUCUGUCUCCCUGUGGUGAACCAGCUGAGCGACGUGUUCGCUGGUGCCGACGUUCAGGCGAUCUCCGCCCUCCUGGCCAACAUGGCCAUCGAUCGCUCGGUGUCGUCCAACCUGUCGGAUGCCCGGGACGCCCUGGUGAACGCGGUGGUGGACUCCCUGGCGGCGUACCGCUCUGACGGCUGCUCCGUGCAGCAGUCCGGCCUCGUCGCCCCCGCGUCCCUGCGCCUCUUUCCCCUCUACGUGCUGGCCCUGCUCAAACAGAAAGCUCUGCGCACAGGUACCAGCACGCGUCUGGACGACCGCGUCUUCGCCAUGUGCGAGUUCAAGAGCCAGCCGCUGCAGCAGGUCAUGCGCCUGAUCCACCCCGACCUGUACAGGAUAGACAACCUGUCCGACCAGGGGGCGCUGCACAUGAACGACGGCGUGGUCCCCCAGCCGAGCCUCCUCCACCUCACAGCCGAGAAGCUGACGAGAGAGGGCGCCUUCCUCAUGGACUGCGGAAACGUAAUGUACCUGUGGGUUGGGAAAGGCUGCAGUGAGCCGUUCAUCAGAGAUGUCCUGGGCUACCAGAACCACGCUUCAGUACCGCAGAAUAUGACUCAGAUUCCAGACCUAGACACUCCCUCGUCAGAAAGAACCAGAGCAUUCCUCAGCUGGCUUCUGGAGUCUCGGCCUUUCAGCCCUACGCUUUACGUUGUGAAGGACGACUGCUCUGCGAAGACCAGCUUUUUCCAGCACUUGGUGGAGGACCGGACCGAGUCUGCUUUCUCUUACUACGAGUUCCUGCUCCACAUCCAGCAGCAGCUGUCCAAGUAGAUAGCCAGUCGCCUAGGUAACGGCAGCCCAGUGUCGUCACUGUGAAGAUGCUAGAGUCACGAUGUGUGCAGCAGGGGGCACGUCUUUUUUUUGCAAGGGGAGCAGCACCUGACUUAGGAUAGGACCAGAGAGAGAGAGAAAUAGAGAGAUGUAUGAGGAGAGAGAGCGAGAGAUGGAGAGAAUGAGGUGAAGGGCGGGGUACGGCACCUCCUGGCCCAGUGAUUUGUUGGGGGGUGGGGGUCGGGGGGGUCACAGAGGUCACCUGCCAGGGCGGGGCCACUUAUGUGACAAACUAUGAAAAAAUAAGAUGAUGGGAGGAGUUAUGAAAAUCAAAAAAGCAAAGGAAACUCCACGUGAUUGGCUCCCUCUUCUCGUCUCCGUGGUAAACGCAGCCAAACCCCGCCCCACCCCACACCCGAAAGGAAGAGGAGGAAAGGAACUGGUCGCUUCGUCCAGCUGCUUCUCCUCCCGCCCGGAGCCCUGCGGAGCCGCAGAGCCGGCCACUGUCCCUGAUCUCUCCCAGAGGCAGGAAGGCAAGCGAGAGCGACUUCUCAUGCAACGCAAAAGAGAGAGGCGGAAAGUAAAUAUCCGGUUACAGAUUGAAGGAUCAGCCUUGCAUGUUUUUUUUUUUUUUUUUUUUAUUUGUGCAUAAUCUGUUUUUUUUUUUUUUGUUUGUUUGUUUUUUUAAAUAUGUCAGAGACCCAAUUCCCCCGCCUCCCUCCCUGCCCCCACCCACCCCACCCACCCCACCCCACCCCAAAAUCAUUUUUUUGUUGUCCCCAAGUGUGGAUGGAACAGGGAUGGCAGUUUUUUUUUUUUGUGAUGUAUGUUGUAAAGCAGUAUCAGACUUCUCUCUUUUUUUUUUUUUUUUUUUUGUCGUUUCUUUUUGUACUAAUCAUGGAAGCGCUGUGGGUCCGGUUCUCGUUCCGGUCGGGCCGGACGCCCCUGGGCCGGAGCGCGUCGCGGCGCCAUCUCGGGCCUGUCCGGCCUGAGGCUCUGUCUGAAAUGAACAGUAAUUCCUGUAACAAAACAAACAAAAGGACAAAAAAAAAAAAACAUGUUUUUUUUAGGGCAAUAACAGCUGCUGUUCUUCUCUUUGUAAUUCUCUUGCAAAUCUUUUACGUGAAAUUAUUUAUCAUCCGCUUAUGAAAUAAAAGAAAACAAUAUUUUGCUUGAUCUUA